AUGCUGGGCCAGGUUGAUGCCUCCCUGGACGACGUCUUCGAGGAGGUCCUGGCGUUCCUGGCGAGCCCCGCCAGCUCGGACCCCAACGCGGUGCUGGCCAUGGCCAUGAAGCUGGGGGAGACCAACUUCCGCGUAAUGGCGCUGCUGGACAAGGGCCACACCGGAAGAUUUGGCCACCCCGAGCCCAGCCCCGUGCGUCUGACUCCCAUCAAGGGCAAGGCCAUCCUCAUCAGCGGCCACGACAUGCAGGACCUCCACGACCUGCUGGUUCAGACCGAGGGCACCGGCAUCAACGUCUACACCCACGGAGAGAUGCUGCCCGCUCACGGCUACCCUGGCCUCAAGAAGUUUGACCACCUGGUGGGCAACUUUGGCGGCGCAUGGUACAAGCAGAAGAAGGAGUUCGCGGAGUUCCCCGGCGCGAUCCUCAUGACCACCAACUGCAUCAUGCCCACCGCCGGCACCUCCUACGCCGACCGCAUCUUUACCACCGGCGAGGUCGGCGUGACCGGCAGCCCCCACAUCCCCACCAAGGACUUCAGUGCCCUCAUUAAGUGCGCCCAGGAGCUCCCCGGCUUCACCUACGAGCCCGAGGAGCCCAAGUUCGUGACCACCGGCUUUGGCCAUGAGGCCACCCUGGGGGCUGCAGGGCUGGUGCUGGACGCCAUCAAGAACAAGCAGCUGUCCCACAUCUUCCUGGUGGGCGGCUGCGACGCCCCCGAGCCCUCCCGCAAGUACUACACCGAGGUGGUCAGGUCUCUGCCGCAGGACACCAUGGUGCUGACCCUGGGCUGCGGCAAGUACCGCUUCUACGACCAGGACAUGGGCACCCUGCCCAACGGCCUGCCGCGCCUGCUCGACAUGGGUCAGUGCAACGACGCGUACAGUGCGCUGGUGGUGGCCACGGAGCUGGCCAAGGCACUGGACACCGACGUCAACGCGCUGCCCCUCUCACUGGACAUCAGCUGGUUCGAGCAGAAGGCGGUGGCCGUUCUCCUGACGCUGCUGCACCUUGGCGUGAAGAACAUCCGCCUCGGCCCUAACCUGCCCGCCUUCCUCACCCCCCAGGCCACCCAGAUCCUUGUGGACACCUUCAACAUCAUGCCAGCUGACACCAAGAACCCUGCGGCCGAGGUGGAGCGCAUGAUGGCUGGCACGGGUGAGAUCGAGCGCCGCAGGUGA